CGCUUCUCGUUUCUGGGUAUGAAAAUAUCGGUCCCUCUUGCUCUUUCUUAUAGCUGUUUGUGCUUUCUCUCUGUUCAUUCCUAUUGCUAACUUCCAAAUUGGAGAUAAAAAACAAUGGCGUCUUUGUCCCAGCUCAAUCAAUUCCGCUGCAAAGCCCUUUCAGUCACCCCUCCGGCUUCUAAUCUCACGCCUAAAACUUCAAUUUCUCUGCCGUGCAUGGUUGAAUUUUCCGGUCAAUCCAUCAGAAAACCUAACAAUUCGCCACGGCCCGUGUUCUGUGUUCGAGCAGUGACAGACGACGACGAGUGGGGUCCUGAAAAGAAGGAGGAUUCGGCGGUGCCUGUGGCAGUGGCGGAGGAGAAGGCGGUGGAGGAGCUGGAGACUGAUCGCCUGAAAAAGGCGUUGGUGGAUUCGUUUUAUGGGACCGAUCGAGGAUUGAAGGCUACGAGCGAGACGAGAGCGGAGAUCGUGGAGCUUAUCACGCAACUUGAGGCUAAGAACCCAAACCCUGCGCCUACUGAGGCCCUGACGCUGCUCAAUGGAAAAUGGAUUCUCGCGUACACAUCAUUUGCAGGUUUGUUCCCACUGUUGUCAAGAGGAACACUGCCACUGGUGAAGGUAGAGGAAAUAUCUCAGACAAUUGAUUCCCAAAACUUCACCGUCCAAAACUCAGUUCAGUUUGCUGGCCCUUUGGCUACCACUUCUGUCAGCACCAAUGCCAAAUUUGAAGUUCGCAGUCCAAAACGUGUCCAGAUCAAGUUCGACGAAGGGAUCAUCAGCACGCCACAGCUGACAGACUCGUUAGUAAUACCAGAAAAUGUCGAGUUCUUGGGACAGAAGAUAGACCUGACACCUUUCAAAGGAAUACUCAACUCUCUGCAAGACACAGCCUCAAAUGUUGCCAGAACAAUUUCCAGUCAGCCUCCAUUGAAGAUCCCAAUCAGCAACAGCAAUGCUCAGUCAUGGUUGCUCACAACAUACCUAGACGAAGAACUUCGUAUCUCUCGGGGAGAUGGUGGCAGUGUCUUCGUUCUCAUCAAGGAGGGAAGCUCCCUCUUGUCAAGCCUAAGCAGUUAGUUUGCUUUCUUAGCUUCUUAAUGAAAUGCAUGCUCAUGAGUAAGAAACCUACGUGUUCUUUACGUAGUGUACAAGGUUUAGACUCGUAUUGAUAAGUCUCAGGAUUUGGAAUUGCGUUGAGCUUAUUUGUAGUGUAUAGUGUAUGUAGAAUAAACAAGAAUGGUUGAGUCACUGAUAAAUGCUUCAUGUUUAUGGGUCGGAA